GUGAUAUUAGUUUUACGAAAACAUUAACUUCCAUGAAGUUGUUCCACAAAAAUCCAUACUUCAGAAAAUGUUCUGGGGAAUAAUUUUAAUUGAUAAGGUUCGAUAAUAUUGAUUGAAAACGUUCGAUAAAAGUAAUAUAAUCUCCUUCCAUAUUCUAUAUUCUCCUAUUCGUCACAAUGAUUUUUAAAAUAUUUCUACAUAAGAAAAACGGGGAAUUCUGGAAUACCACAUGGACUCAAUCAAUACCAAAAAAAAAAACUGUCUGAAGUAAAGAAAGAUAUAUUUUAACUGUGUCAACUGUGAAUAAUUCGAAUGUAACCUAGUGUCAAAGUUGUAUAACAGGAAGGUGGUCGCUAAUAACCUGUGACGUUGAUGCGACCUUAAAUAAAUUAAAUUUAAAUAAAAUAAAAAUAAAUCUAUUUCUCCAUCUAGAACUCGACAAGACAUCCUACAUUAAAAACUAAUCACAUCCAUAAAAAGAUAAACUGACACCACCAAACUGUCACAGUUCUAACAAAAUAACCCUAACACAUAACCUUAAACCCUGCAUGAUAUCAUCCAAGUACUCUAACAGCACUUCAGAUCGAACACUCCGCAUCCCCAGGAAAUGUCAAGAAACAAACAAAACAAGAUCCCACUGUCACUGUCGUCCAUAACCCCGCACCUGUCAGAGAGCCCAUUUACCAAGUACGUUUCGUGCACAUUCGAGUCGCAUAAACAAUAAGAAUCGUCCCCCCCUACGAUGAACCUAGAACAGGAGCGAGCCUUCAAGGAGUACGAAGCCAUCCUGGACGAGCUAAAAACCGCGUUCCUGGAGAGAUGGAAGGUGCAACAUGUGGACAACGUUUGCCUCGACGACUUCGAGCGAUUAAGGACCAUCGGGACCGGCGCGUUCGGACGAGUUCUACUCGUCAAGUACAAACCUAACUCGGAGUACUACGCGAUGAAGGUUCUGGAGAAGGCGAAGGUCGUGAAGAUGAAACAGGUGGACCAUACCUACAACGAGAAACGGAUACUCCAGUGCGUGAGAUUCCCGUUUGUCGUCUACAUGGAAUUCUGUUUCAAGGACAACUCGUACGUCUACAUGGUCCUACCGUUCAUAAACGGCGGCGAGAUGUUCACGCACCUCAGGCGAAUGGGGAAGUUCGACGAAUCGCUGGCGCGAUUCUACGCUGCUCAGGUGUUGCUAGCCCUGGAGUACCUGCACCAUUGCAGCCUGGUCUAUCGAGACCUGAAACCCGAGAACAUCCUGAUCCAGAACACUGGCUACAUUCGAAUGACGGACUUUGGGUUCUGCAAGAUGAUCGACGGCAGGACCUGGACUCUCUGCGGCACCCCGGAGUACCUAGCGCCGGAAGUAAUCCUGUCCAAGGGUUACGGGCAGUCCGUCGACUGGUGGAGCUUCGGUGUCCUCAUCUACGAGAUGAACGCCGGAUAUCCCCCAUUUUAUUCGCGCGAUCCAAUGAAGAUUUACGAAAAGAUCAUCACGGGCAAGUACAAGUUCGCGCACCACUUUGGCGAGGACCUCAGGGACAUCCUGAAGAACAUCCUCCAGGUGGACCUAACCAGGCGGUACGGGAAUCUCAAGAACGGGACCAUGGACCUCAAAGAACACAAAUGGUUCCAAACCACCGACUGGAACUCGAUUUAUCACCAGAAGAUACAGCCAUCGUUUAUACCAAUGUGCUCAGCGCCCCAGGACACGAGCAACUUUGAUUAUUACGACGAGGUUCCGCUGGAAAUCUCCAACGUCGAUCGCUACCACAAAGAGUUCAUGAACUUUUAA